UAUACAUACAAACAAAUACACAUAUAGAGAGAGAGAUAGAAGAGUCUCUCUAAGAAAGGAGGAACAUGCGCUUUGCUUUAUCAGCUUAUCCUGUGCUAUGCUGCUUUAGCUUUAUCACUCUCCACCUUCUCCACCACCUCCAUUUCUGAAAAUUUCUCAGUUAACUUACUCACAAGCCCUCCUUUUUCCUCCUUUUUUAUUAUGCUACAGUGCUGCAUUUAGCAUUUCAGAGUGGAAUCCAUUGUUGAUAUUCAAGCUUUUGGUACUGUAUGGGGAGUGUAUCAUCGGAAGAGGGGUCCGAUCGGCAGAGCGAGAGAUGCGGGAGCUACAGUCCAAGUGCGGAUGUGAGCGAGUCGGAUAGUUGUUCUAGUAGCUUCACUUGUCGGCGCUUUGACGCAUCCACUUCUAUAGCCUCUUCGCCGUUCGGAAUCUUCUCCAAUCCGUUGCCGCCGUUGACUCCUUCCUUCGUGAUUGGAGGGAAAGAUCUGUCGCUCUGGGAUGACGACUCUCAGAAUCGUCAAUCAGAUUUAUCCGAAAUUGAAUUGAUGAAGGAGAGAUUCGCUAAGCUUCUUCUCGGGGAGGACAUGUCUGGAGGGGGUAAAGGGGUGUGUACUGCACUGGCAAUCUCAAAUGCCAUAACGAAUCUUUCUGCUACUAUAUUUGGGGAACUCUGGAGGUUGGAGCCAUUGCCUUCACAGAAGAAGGAUAUGUGGUCUAGAGAGAUGGAGUGGCUUUUAUGUGUGAGUGAUUCCAUUGUGGAGUUUGUGCCUUCAACGCAGCCGUUCCCUGGAGGUGGCACAUAUGAAGUAAUGGCUACACAGCCGCGCUCUGAUUUACACUUGAACCUCCCUGCGCUCAAGAAGCUUGAUGCUAUGUUAAUUGACAUUCUUGAUGGUUUUCGUGACAUGGAAUUUUGGUAUGUUGAUCGUGCCAUAGUUUUAACUGAAGCAGAUGCAUGUCAUUCCUAUUCUUCGGGAAUGCAUUGUGGGAGGCCUUCAAUUAGGCAGGAAGACAAGUGGUGGCUCCCUUGCCCUAAACUUCCUCCGAAGGGUUUGUCAGAAGCUGCAAGGAAGAGGUUGCAACAGUGCAGGGAUUGCACCAACCAGAUACUAAAGGCAGCUUUAGCUAUUAAUAGUAGUGUGCUUGCCGAAAUGGAGACUCCGAGAGCCUAUUUGGAAACCUUGCCCAAGAGUGGAAAAGCAUGUUUGGGUGAUGUGAUUUAUCGCUACGUAAUUGCUGGCAAUUUUUCACCUGAAUGUCUUCUUGAUUGCCUGGACUUAUCCUCUGAACAUAACACACUUGAAGUGGCGAAUAGAAUUGAGGCUGCUAUAUAUUAUUGGAGACUGAAAGACCUGAAAAAUCAUUCAAAUCCAAAAAAAUCAAAGCACAAAACUUGGGGAGGUAAGGUCAAGGGUCUUGUAGCUGAUAUUGGCAGAAAUCAUUUUCUGGCUGAACGAGCAGAAACACUGUUGCAUUGCUUGAGACUUCGCUUCCCCGGUCUACCACAAACUGCUCUAGAUAUGUAUAAAAUUCAGUACAACAAGGAUGUUGGCCAGUCUAUUCUUGAAAGUUACUCAAGAGUGAUGGAGAGCUUGGCAUUUAACAUUAUGGCAAGGAUUGACGAUGUUCUAUAUGCAGAUGAUGCGACCAAGAACAGUGCUGCAACUGAAUCUUCAUCCAUCUUUAACAGGGGAGGUUUGGGCGGUCUUCCUAUCCAAAAGCGGAUGUCACCAAGUCCCUUUUCUAUUCACCACAGUCCUUACACCUCUCCAUUUGCUACUCCAACACAUUGUUUGUCUCCUCCCUCGAUGAGCAGUCCCAAAAAAACAGCUUCCCCUUCAAAGAAGGAUGGCUUCACUGGGCGUCCUAACUGCAAGAUUGAAAAUCUGAUGCCUGCUGACAAGGAAAAAUUGUGGUCAUAUGCUAGUAAUCUUAGUGCCCAAAUAGUAUCCAAGGAUGCGCCUGAACGCGAUUGAGAGUUUUGAAGGAAGCUGUUAGGGAUUAUGUUGUAUAUUUCUUUAGCUUAGCUGCAUAUUUCUUAAUUGCAGUAUUAUUUUUGACCAAUAUGCAAUCAGAUGCUAUGAUUAGCAGUGUUAUCUUAUUCCCAGUAUAGCUAAAUUAUAUAUACUCAUGUUCUAUGAGA